GAUCUGGUAUGAGAAAAAUGGAACCUUGGCUUGAUCUGGGAGACUGGGACAGGCAUGAGACAAUCAGUUAGUCGGUGACUCAGUAAAGAAGAGACCAUGCAAGCUGUCAACCUAUUCAGAUAUUUCCAAAACCAUUGUGGUCUUGGCACACAUGCCAAUUCAAUCAUCAAGCCCGGCCGUGGCCUGCUGGGACUAGGUUUGCCCGGCUUGCGGGUAACUCGGUGCGGGUGGCUCCAUCCAGAGGUGCUCCACCUUCAUAGUCAUUCCCCCCGGAAUGGAUCAUCGAAAGUGUUCGAGCCCGACUAUUUGGAUGAUAUGGCUAAGGAGCCAUCUCGAUAUCCGCUAACGAAUAUUCAAAUAAAAGGAUACAAUUUCGAGGUCCUGGAAAGUUAUCAAGCUUACAUCCACAAAACUUGUGAGAAUAUUGGUAUUGAAGUUCAGGAAGCCUGGGCUACACCUUUCACCACCAAAGAAGCUAAUACUUUCGUAGAAGGCGGGACCGUUGUGAAAGAUACUUAUCAAAUCAAUCUCUACGAGAGGAACGUCCAGAUUGCCAAUGCUAGAACACUAGACGUUCCGCAACUUUUUGACAUCCUCCGGAUUACCUUACCGGAAGGAGUGAACCUCUCAGUUCAUGAACAUACCGAAGAAGACUUUGAGGCUCGAUACAUCCCCGAUGCUUUUGUGAAUACCAUCAAGACAGAGCUAGCAGAACUUGAAGACAAAGACUACGAGAUGAAAGAAAAAAGGAAGGAAAAAGCGCUCGAGAAAGAAAAAAGAAAAGCUGCAACACUCUUGGCCUCACUGGAAGAUGAUUAAUAAAACGUUACUGGUAGACUCAGGGUUUCCUUUGGAUCCUGGCUUUUUUUGUGCGAUA